AUGUCUGAGAAAUAUGACCAUCUUCAUGCUAAGAACGUCGAGCUCGAGCAUGACUACCGCACACUGAAGCGUAACUGGGAGAUGAAUCAGACCCAAGGCUCCCAACGCAGCCUACCCAGGUACCUGAGCGUACCCCAGCCAAACCAGCCGGAGCACUCCCACCACAAUGUCCCAACCCAGCCUAGGCCCAGCAAGGGUAAAGGCCCCCUCCAUCCGGAGACGACCAAGUCGCGGCUUCUCCGCAUCUCCCCGCCAAGGAACCGGCCUCAUGAACCAACAAAGGUCUACAGGGAUUGCAGGGACCGUAUCCUGGACCGUCAAACGGAACCCCCUCUUAUCUCUGUUAAUCUCCAAGACCCAAAGAUGACACACCUGGGCCCCCCGCCAAAGCCUACCCAACUACCCCUUGGAGAAGGUAUAGGGGACUCAGAGAACUGGGGGCCAGGGUUACUCAGAAGACUACGAGUCUUAUCACACCGAGGCGUUCGAAGAAUUCUACCCAGCCCAUGGCCACCCACACACCAGACCCCCAGCACCCGAGACUCUCCCUCAUACCGACCCGGCAAUGAGGCUUCUCUUCGAGAAAGUCCGGCGCCUGGAGAGCGAACAUCAGCGCAACCACCAACCCUCUCUGGGCAAAGCCACGACCUGGGCCCUUUACCGAACGCAUCCUUAAUUACCACCAGGAGAAGGACAUCCAGCCACUCCGCAUUGCCUUCUACACUGGCACAGAGGAUCCUCUCACCCACAUACAUUCUUUCCAGUCUGCCCUGGGGUGCAAGGGCCUCACUGACGAAGGCAUGUGUCUCCUCUUCCCUUCCACUCUCAGUGGCGCGGCCCUGA